CGUUAUUCUGGACCAAUAAUAAUAAGAAGAAGAAUAAGAAAAGAGAAAAAGAGAAAAGUUUUCUUGAUAUAAUACAUGUAUUAAUCGUCUAUUUUAAUCCACCACAUGGAUAAUAAAAAGUGAUAAUUAUGGUUAAUCCAUUGUUCAUAUGUGUGAUUGUGAUAAGUUUCCAAUUGAAUUCAGGACAAAUUGUUUCUUCUUCUCGAUCAGAUCUUCCAAUUGAUUCAAGUGACAUUGAAGCUUUUUAUCCCGAGACUUUUGAUCUCGCUAAAGGAUCAAUAAUAACUGUCAACUCGACCUGUGGUCAAGUUGGUCCAGAGCCUUAUUGUUAUCCCUCAUUGACUCGAGACAAUGAAUGUGGUGUUUGUGAUGCGACCAGUUUAAAUCCCGAUAGACGACAUCCGAUAUCAAAUGUUAUCGAUGGUACAAGUUCGUGGUGGCAAAGUCCAACUCUACAGAAAAGCGAUAAAUAUGAAUGGGUAACAAUCACUGUUGAUUUAAAGCAAGUCUUUCAAAUUCAUUUGGUCAAAAUUAAGGCUGGACGAUCACCUUUACCUGGAAAUUGGAUAAUCGAAAGGUCAAUUGAUGGAGUUGAAUAUAAACCUUGGCAGUUUUUCGCAAUAAGUAACACUGAUUGUUGGCGUUUCUUUAGCACUAAACCAAUUGCAUCUCAUCCUCCUCAUUACCGAUCAGAUGAUGAAGUUAUUUGUACUUCAUAUUAUUCAACAUUGAGACAACUUCAAUAUGGAGAAGUGAAUCUUUCAUUGAGUGAAGGUCGACCAGGAGCUAAUCUCUUUUCAGAGACAUUGAAACAGUUUAUGAAGGCUCGAUUCAUACGAUUACGAUUACAAAAGGUUUCGGUUCCAUGGGAUGAGAAGAAUUUGUUUUCAUAUUCAGAUCGAUUCAAUUUAACAUCGGCUAAUCAGCUUUAUUAUACUUUACAAAAUAUUGAGAUUAUUGGUCAAUGUAUUUGUAAUGGUCACGCAAGAGCUUGUCCAGUGGAUCGAGCAACUUUACUUCGUAAAUGUGAUUGUCUUCAUAAUACUUGUGGCGAUAAUUGUGAAAAGUGUUGUCCAUUAUUCAAUCAACGACCAUAUCGUCAGGCAACCAAACGAAAUAUCGCAAUUUGUGAAGCAUGUCAAUGUCAUGGACAUUCAAGUGAAUGUAUUUACGAUAAAAAUGUCGAUUCUCGUAAUGGAAGUGUCAAUGUUCAUGGCCUUAGAUCGGGCGGAGGUGUUUGUAUAAAUUGUCAAUCUCAUACAACGGGAAACAAUUGUGAUCAAUGUGAAGAUGGAUAUUUCCGUCCAGGUAAAGGAUUGAGUUCCUCAAGUAGCUCGAUUAAUAAUGAGACUGCCCCAUGUCGACCAUGUCAAUGUCGAGGUCGAGGAACUACCGAAUAUUGUAUAAAGGACAGUAGCCAUGUUCUAACGGGACUGGAAGCGGGUGAUUGCAUUUGCAAGAAAGGAUUCCAAGGUAAAUACUGUGACUCUUGUGCUCCAGGUUAUCGCAAUUAUCCAAGGUGUGACUCGUGUCAUUGUAACGGAGCGGGAGUCGUAAACCCUGAGGCUUGUGAUGGUCCAACGUGUGUAUGCAAGGCCAAUGUCGAAGGGAAUCGAUGUGACCGAUGUAAAGCAGGUUACUUUGAUCUAUCGGCGGACAAUCCCGAUGGAUGUGCCCCGUGUUUCUGUUUCGGUGCGACAUCUUCGUGUAAAUCCUCCGAUUGGGGAGUUGAGGUGAUCUCAUCUCUCGCUCACCUGGAAGCUUGGAAAGUAUCAGAUUUCUCUGGCAAGAAAGUGGUCACUCCAACACGAAAAUCUGAACACUUGGUGAUCGCUGAUGACGACAUGCAGCCAAUGUCUUCACCUUACUAUUGGAUGGCUCCUGAUUCUUACCUUGGUGAGAAACUUUACUCUUACGGGGGUGACCUGAGGUUCAUGAUUGGAUACACGGUGUUGAGAGGAGACACUUCCGGUUACUACACUGAAGAUGCGGACAUUAUUCUGGACGGUGGACCGGAAAAUGUGAUGAGAAUUGGUUACAACUGGAAGAGAUAUGACAAAAAUGAGAACGAGGAUAAAGUGACUUUGACUUUACCUUUGCGAGAAAACGGUUGGUACAUUUUGGACGGUGAUGGACGUCGAGUGAGACCAGUGUCUCGAGAAGAGUUCACUUUGGUUCUGUACAAUUUACGGAACAUGUUGAUUCGAGCCAAGUUCCACACGGACCAGAUCGAAGGGUCCAUGUACAAUGUCGAGAUGGAACAAGCAUCGAAAGACUCAAAGUCUCUGAACAAACAAACUGGAAGUGCACCAGGUUACCGAAGGGUGAACAAUAUUCUGGUCGGAGGUCGAUGUGAGAAGUGCAAUUGUAACAAUCACGCGGAAUCUUGUGACCCUUUCACCGGUGAAUGUUCAGAGUGUCUACACAACACGGAAGGUACAGGUUGUUCCAAGUGUAAGAAAGGUUAUUAUGGUGAUCCGACUCGUGGAACACCGGAAGACUGUAAGCCGUGUGCAUGUCCAUUGACCUUGAGUUCGAACAACUUUUCACCGACUUGUGUCCUCACGGAAAAAGGAGACGAUUACAUUUGCGACGCUUGUAUCGAGCCUUAUGCUGGAGACAAGUGUGAAAUCUGUAAGCAGGGUUAUUAUGGUGAUCCAAGUGUUCCUGGGGGCGAGUGUCUCCCCUGCGAGUGUGGUCCAAAUGUGGACACUUCAGUGGUUGGAGGUUGUGAUUCACGAACUGGACAAUGUCGAUGUGCGGCCAAUACGACUGGAUGGAAGUGCGAUCAAUGUUUACCUCAUCAUUGGGGUAAUCCAAGUUUGGGUGAUUGUAAACCUUGUAACUGUGAUUUGUCAGGAUCGAAUGACCCUCAAUGUGACCCAAAGACUGGUCAGUGUUCAUGUAAGCCCAAUUUCACUGGUCGAUUGUGUGAUCGAUGUGCUGUUGGUCAUGGGAAUCCUGAAUUGGGAUGUCCAGCAUGUAAUUGUAAUGGAAUUGGUUCAUCUUCGUCUGAUUGUGAUCCAAUUACUGGUCAGUGUCAUUGUAAACCAGGAAUAUUUGGUCAACACUGUUCCCAUUGUCUCGAAGGUUAUUAUGGAUUCUCAGUUCGAGGUUGUCUUCCUUGUGAUUGUCAUCCAAAAGGAUCAGAAGGAAAAAGUUGUGAUGAAAUAAGUGGUCAAUGUAAAUGUAAGCCAUUUGUUGAAGGAAGAGCUUGUGAUCGAUGUCGAUCUGGAUUCUGGAAUCUUGAUUCAGGAAAAGGAUGUUCACCUUGUGAUUGUAAUCCAAUUGGAUCAACAUCAUCAAUUUGUGAUCAAUUAACUGGACAAUGUGAAUGUAAACCAGGAAUCGGAGGUUCUAAAUGUGACUCGUGUAAAAGUGGAUUCUAUGGAUUCUCACCCAGUGGAUGUCAAAGUGUGACCAAUGUUACGAAGCGAAUCACAUUUGUAACCCAGAAACGGGUCGAUGUGAAUGUCCUCCCAACACUGCGGGUCGAGAUUGUCGUGAUUGUGCUCCGGUACUUAUGGACUGGACAUUACUGGACAAUGUUCGUGCAAAGGAACACAAUGGGACGACGAUGUGAUCGAUGUAAAGACGCGACAUUUUCUCUUUCGGCGAUGAAUCCACUUGGAUGUUUCAGUUGCUUUUGUUUCGAGAAAACUUCUCGAUGUGAACAAUCAUCAUUAACUUGGACAACAAUCACCAGCGCACCGAAAGAAGUGACCUUUGGAAUAAGUGGACAAUCAGCGGAAUUAAAAAUGGGCUAUAAUGUGAUUCCUGAUUCUUCAGAUUCGAAACAAGUGAUUGGAAGCAAUUACAUUUCUGAUCAACCUUAUUAUUGGCAAUUACCAAAAGAAUUUAUUGGAGAUAAAGUUAAUUCUUACAAUGGUUUUCUCUCAUUUCGAAUUCAAUCUCGUCAAGAUUCUCGAUUCCCUGAUUCGGUUCUCAAUCGUUAUCCUUUAUUCAUCAUUCAAGGAAACCAAAGACUCGUUUUACAUCAUUUCGAUAAAGAAUCGUCUUUAUCUCUAUCAUCAUCAUCUUCAUCAUCUUCUUCAUCUUCUUCGACAUCUUAUUUGGGUGAAUUUUACAAGAUUCAACUUCACGAAUCGUCUUUUAUUCUUGCCGAAAAUCCAGGACUUGAAGUAACUCGAAAACAUUUGAUGAUUGCUCUUCAAAAAGUCCAGAAUAUUCUGAUUCGAGCUUCAUCUGGACCCGAUGUACAAUCAGCCCGUUUAACCGACGUGACUCUUGAUGUUGCUGAGGAUCUGAGAGUUCUGAACUCGGUGCCAGUUAAUUUCACCGCCAUUGGAGUUGAACAAUGUUUCUGUCCACCCCAAUAUCGAGGUGCAUCUUGUCAAGAUCCAAAUAUUGGUUAUUAUCGGAAAAGGAAACCCAAUUAUCUUGAUUCCCGUGAUUACAUUGAUCUAGUUGGGUGGGCAGAACCUUGUCCAUGUAACAAUCGAUCUCGGAGUUGUGAUCCAGAGACUGGACAUUGUUACAAUUGUACCGAUAACACUGCAGGUCCUUUUUGUAAUGUUUGUGCUUCCGGAUACUUUGGUGAUCCAACUCAAGGGAUACCUUGUAUUCCUUGUCAAUGUCCACUUCCUGGUCACUCGUUUGCUGAGACCUGUGAAUCUCGGCCUGGAGGCGAUUACGUUUGUUCAGAUUGUGCGACAGGUUAUACUGGUUCUCGUUGUGAAAAGUGCGAUGUCGGAUAUUAUGGUGAUCCAAUGGCUCGGGAGUUUUGUCUUCCAUGUUCAUGUUCACCUUAUGGAUCAUUUGGAUCAAGUUGUGACCCUCGAACUGGUCAAUGUGCUUGCAAAGAGGGUUUUCGAGGUCGCGAUUGUUCAAUUUGUUUACCUCGUCAUGUGCAAACUGAAUCGGGUUGUCUUGAUUGCGAUGGUCCAUGUACUGGAUUAUUGCUCGACGAUUUAGACUCAAUUAACGCGACAUUGGCCGAAUUACCAACCACCGAUUGGGGAAAUUUGCCUUAUACUAAAUUCUUGCAUUUAUUGUCCAAGUACAAGCAUUUUCUCAACACUUUGCAACGACAAUCGAUCCUAAUCGACGAAGGUAAAGGAAUCCUUUAUAAUGUUACUUCCAAUUUCGACCUGGAAACAUUGGUCGAUAUGCUGUACAUUCGAACAGUGAGUUUGGAAGCGAAAUUACCGAUGAUUGUGGAAGAGACCAAAUUGAUUGGUGACGAUGCUGAAAAUCUUCUCGAUUAUAUAAAUGAUCUACUUUACGAUUUGAGACGAAUUAUUGAUGCUCUUCGAAAAUUUGGAAUGGACGAUGGAAAAGGAGGAUUCUCUUUGGAACGACAUCUUUUCCGUGCUGAACAAAUUAUCGCCGAAUUGAAUUUGAAAAACUAUCGACCUCGACUCGAUGAAGCCUCAAGAGAGAAUCGAUUAUCUAAGACUUUACUUGAGAAGAUAAUUGGUCUUCUUAGAUCACCGAAUGUUGAUCGAGAUUUCCGAAAGAGAUUAGAUCGAUUGCAGCAAAGAUUAUCAGAGAUUUUCAACAUUGUUCAAACUCGAGUACAAAGACCAGUCCAGUUAACAUUGAAUCGAAUCAACGAAGGACAAAGAAUUCGUGAUCGAGUGAUUGAAGUUCUAAGGAUCAGUUCUGGUCAUGCAUCUCAAGCCAAUUCCAGUUUGAUUGAAGCUGCUCGACUAAUUAAUGCCGCUCGUGGAAUGUUGAUCGAUGUGACUGUACGACAUGGACUAGUUCCUGGUUUAGAACGGGAUCUAAGAAAUGCCACAUUGGCUUUGGAACACUUGAGGUCAACUUUGUCGAGAUUGAACCCCGAAUAUACUGUCAAAUAUGUGGAACCAUGUCAACGACAUUCAUUGGAAUUGAUGAAACAAUUGGAAUAUUUGAAAGGUCUUUUCGCCGACACAGAAAACUUUUCCAAAUACGCUCUCGAAGCGGCUGGAGUCUAUGAGCGAAUUGUUGUUGCAUUAGCUCGAGCCGAAGAAUCAGCUAAACGAGCAUACGAAGCAGCUGAACGCGCUUAUCAUGAGGCUUAUCCAGGGAUCGACGAUUCGUUGACUAAACAAGCACAGAAAGCGAGAGAUCGAAGCAUCGAAUUACUUGAAGCAGCUCGAGAUCUUCACGACAACCGAAUUCCUAGAUUACAAAGUGACCUUUCAUCGAAACAAUUGAUACUUGGUAAUCUAGCUAAAGAUUUGUUAUCAUAUCGACGAGCAUUAGAACUAAUUAAUCGGGCACUUGAUGAAUUACCUCAAGAUUUGCGAGAAAGAAUCAAACAAAUUGAUCAUACGUUGAGUUUCCUUCUCGAAGGACUUGGACAUGUUCAUUUAAGAAUAGAUGGAAUAGAAAAGAAGAUAAUUGAUGAUCUUACUCCUCGAAUCGAACGACUUAAUGAAGGAACAGCUUCUGGAAUCGAGAAUUUCACUCGGAUUGUUGAUAAAUCUCGAGCUGAUAUUCGAGAAUCAAGUCGAUUUAUGGUGAACUCGGAAAAUCUUAAAAGACGAUUGGAUGGAUUAAGAACUCGAUUCGAACUUGAUCUUACCGAUUUGAAACAUCGAAUCCUUUUGUCUCGUCAAAAAGCAUCUUCGAUAAGAGUCUCACUAGGAGCAGAAAGAGAUGAGAUUUGUGUGAAAUCUUAUCGAUCACCAACUCAACCAUCGGCCACGAACACAAUUAGUCUUAACUACGCAAUCAAAGAAGAUGUUCCUAAUUCGUUGAUUUUGUUCAUAUCAUCGAAUACAAACUCUGAUUUCAUGGCAUUGGAAAUGAUCAAUAGACGAAUUCGGUUUACAUGGAAUACAGGAAGUGGAUCUAAAUCAUUGGAACAUCCGACAAUCAUUGAAUCCAAUGACGGGAACUUGUUACGAUCUCGACACUGGUACAAGAUUGAAAUGAACCGAGUCAACAAUUUAGUGACUUUAAGUGUCCAACCAUCAACAGAAGCACAUAAAGGAGACACUCAUGAAGUAACGGGAUCAUCUGACCCUAAAUCAUGUAAAAUGGACUUGGAUGGGAACGCGAACCUGUUUAUCGGCGGUCUACCGGAUAACUUUGAAGCUCCGACCAUAAUGAAGACCCGACGAUUCACCGGCUGUUUGUACGAAGUUUAUCUAGAUGAUCAACGAAUUGGCCUUUGGAACUUUAAAACCUCACAAGGAUGUCGAGGUUGCAUGGAAGGUGUGACCGAACUCAUUGAUCCAGGAACAUUCCAGUUCAAAGGUGAAGGUUCUUAUGCUACAAUGGAUCAGAUCCAAAGAUAUGACAGAGAAAAGUAUAUCGUCGCUCUGCAAUUCAGAUCAUUUGAUGAAGACGCGAUCAUCUUUUUCUCGGGCAACCCAGACACUGGAGAUUUCGUGUCCAUUUCCCUUCAAGACGGGCGAGUAUUGUACCAAUUUAAUCUUGGAUCUGGAUCACGAUUACAAUUAAGAUCUCGGGAGAGAUACAAUAAUGGACAGUGGGUUCGAUUAGCUGCUGAAAGAGAUCGAUGGUUGGGAGUUUUAUCGGUAGAAGAUGAAGUUCUAGAAGGAAGUGCUCCUCAAGGUCAAAGUCAAUUGGAUCUCAAUCAUGUCCCAAUUUACUUUGGUGGAGUGACCCCUAAUUUCACUCAAGAUCUUUGGACACUCAAUACAUUCAAACACUUCCUGGGAUGUAUGAAAGAUGUUCAGAUCGAUACAACUCCUUUGAAUUUACUGAGCAUUGAGAAUUACGGUGUAAUUCCGGGUUGUAGAGAUCGAACCUCUCGAAUUGUCAAGUUCACAGGUCAAGGUUACUUGGAAUUGAAUAGUCGACCUCUUGGAGAAGAGAGCGACUUUAGUUUCACCUUUAAAACAAACCAAUCGGAAACUCUACUGAUUAUGUCCACUUUCCAAGGGAAAACUAAAAAGGCUCGAGAUUAUCACUACUAUUCAGUGGCAGUGAUCGGAGGUCUUCUUGAGGCUCGUUUCAAUGGAGGUUCGGGUGAAACUUUACUUAUAUCAGAGGUCCGAGUGAACGAUGGUGCUUUCCAUACAGUCACCAUAUCGAAAAGGAAUCGAAAAAUCUCUUUGAAUAUGGAUGAUCAUGAAGUGGCUGUAUCUCGAUUGGCCAAGGAACCAAUUCCAUUGAAGGUCCAGCUAAUGGUGGACUUUAUCUCGGUGGACUUUCGGAAGGAAUGACACUUCGAGGAAUGGCUGGAA